GAGAAGGGAAGUGGUGAGGAUGCUGCAGCAGUUUGCUGCUCAUUUCACCACAGUCUCAUAAACACUGGCCUUUGUGUUAGACUGACCUGCAGCCUUCUCAGCACCAUGCUCACUCAGGAGCAGCAUACCUGGGAAAUGCAGCUUUGGUAAAGCCCACUGACAGUAAAUCACUGCAUCUACCCAUUCAUCGCUGAGGGGAAAAAAGGAAGUUGUCCUCAGAGUUGGAGGAAGGAUACCUGAGCUUCCCUUUAUUCAAGCUCUUUCACUUCAAAACAUGUCAACAUCUACUGCCGACAGUGGAGGAACUAAAGCCUCUAAAGCAUCAAAGGAUCACAGAAAGCCCACAGCAGCAGCCUUGAAAGGAGCCAUCCAGCUUGGUAUCGGUUAUGCUGUGGGAAACCUCAGCUCCAAACCAGACAGAGAUGUUCUCAUGCAGGACUUCUCUGUGGUGGAAAGUGUCUUCCUGCCCAGUGAGGGUAGCAACCUGACUCCAGCACAUCACUUCCCAGAUUUUCGACUGAAAACCUACGCCCCACUGGCUUUUCGUUACUUCAGAGAGCUCUUUGGCAUCAAACCAGACGAUUAUCUGUACUCCAUUUGUAAUGAGCCGCUAAUAGAGCUGUCCAACCCUGGUGCCAGCAGUUCCUGGUUCUACCUCACCAGUGACGAUGAGUUCAUCAUCAAAACAGUGCAGCAUAAAGAGGCUGAGUUCUUACAAAAACUGCUUCCUGGUUACUACAUGAAUCUCAAUCAGAACCCGAGGACAUUGUUGCCCAAGUUCUACGGUCUUUACUACAUCCAGUGUGGUGGCAUCACUGUCCGUGUAGUGGUAAUGAACAAUGUGCUGCCACGAGCCAUGAAGAUGCACUACAACUACGAUCUAAAGGGUUCCUCUUACAAACGCCGGGCCUCACGCAAAGAGCGUUCCAAGUCCUCUCCCACCUUCAAAGAUCUGGACUUUCAGGCGAUGCAUGAGGGGCUGUACCUCGACCCAGACACGCACAACGCCAUGAUGAAGACCCUGCAGAGGGACUGCCGAGUCCUUGAAAGCUUUAAGAUCAUGGACUACAGUCUCCUGCUGGGCAUUCAUGUGUUGGACAGGAAGCCGCUGGACAGAGGAAGCAGAUGUGACAGCAGGCGAGGACAGAAGGUCCUUUACUCUACUGCCCUGGAGUCCAUCCAGGGGAGCGUGAAGGGCCCAGAACCAGUGGCUGAUGAUGAGACCAUGGGUGGAAUUCCUGCCAAACACAAGGACGAGAACCUGCUCAUCUUUUUAGGGAUCAUCGAUAUCCUUCAGUCAUAUAGGUUCAUUAAGAAGAUGGAACACUCCUGGAAGGCUCUUGUACACGAUGGGGACACAGUGUCAGUUCACAGGCCCGGCUUUUAUGCAGACAGAUUUCUGAAAUUCAUGGGCACGACUGUAUUCAAAAAGCUGCAUCCUUUGAGAGGAGCAUCUUCAAGGAGGAAGAAGAAUUACCUCCAUGCAGGAAAAUCGGCCUCUCAGGAGUUUCUGUCUCCACAGAAAGAGAAAGAGGAGAAGAAGGCCCAGAGCAUGGACAACCUGGAUGGAAACUUUUACAGUUCUUCCAAACAACCAGAUCUUCUUCCAAAAUCUGCUCUCACUUUUGAGACCACCCAAAAUGAUGAAGAGGAUCCUGAAAACAGUGAAGAGCGACGAGCUUCAAGUUCAACAAUUGCUCUCGAUGAUCAUCUGCCGACCCUCAGCACAAGCCAAUCAGACUCUGAGUUGGAUGUCUACUUGCCUCACACAGACUCACCCAGGCGACCCAGCUGGAGCUGACAACUUGUUUGUGUCCAAGCAUCCAUAAAAUUGAGAAGCCGUCUGUACUUCUAAUCCACAACAUGGAGACAAUGGGACCUCAUAACAACGCCAACAAACUGCUUCCCUCUGUGCCUCUUUCAAUAUCUCCUUUAUAAACAUGGUGAAUGCACAAAUCACUGAAAGACCCAUAAUUAUCAACAGUGUCUAUUUUUGUGUAUUAAAAUCACUGAACAUUUCUUGCCGCUAUAAAACACUAUGAAGCUGUUUCUUCUGCUUCUCAAUGUUGUUCUCUUUGCUGCUAGUAAAUAUUUGAGUUUCCGUUUGUCAUCUUUUGCUUCCAGUGUUUUCUGUAAAUGUUCAAAUUUCUCAGUGGCUGGAUCACUGGAGAAUUAAAAUGUCUUCCCAAACAUCAGAUAAAUCAUUUUUGCUGUUUAUUAUUAGAUAUACAGUCAUAUAUACAGGUGAUUCUGGUUUAAACUAAAUGUGUAAUAAUACAGAUAUGGUUGCUGUGCAUCCCCAUAUAAUGAAUCAGAGUGAGUCACUGUGUACUACAUUAUACCAAAAAUGUUAGAAAAUGACAAUUCAUACAGCAAGUUAAUAGAAGACUAAAUACAUUUAAAAAAAAUUCAUAAACAACCUUCAAAAUUACAUUUCCAUUAGCUUAAUUUGAAGUUUCAUGUCUAGUGAAAACCUGGAUUUGUGAGCAUGCUAAACUAGGACAACCAUAUGAAAACUUACUUAACACCAGUAUGUUUUGUAGUUAUUAGAAGCAUUCAUUUUUAAAUAUUUGGGAAUGGAUUAGUAAACACUUAUGCAAAUUCUAGCAUGCUAGCACACCUAAGUAACAUCAACUAGCCAAACGUCAACAUGUUAGCAUGGCUUACUGAUAGCUAAACUCAAAACACCAUAGUGCCUUUAUUAAAGCCUCUCGGAGCUUCUGAUUAACUUUUUAUUCUUGUUUGAAAUACAGAAAAACACAAAUAAAGAAACCACACUGGCUAUAAUCUUUUAUUUCUACAUAUCAAUGAUUACUACUUUGAAUUUCCUGUGGAAAAAUAUUAUAGCUUCUGCCAACCAAUCAGUUCUGUAUGCAAACUGUCCUGUAACAAAAACGGAAAAAUAAAUCCUGUAAUGUAUGUUUCUGUUUUUUCUUGGUUUGUUUGUUUUCAUAUUCUUUAAUGUAAGUUUAUAGGCCUGCAAUUGUAAAAUUGCUUAUAUCUGGUAAAUAAAUUAAUAUUUAAUGUUC